AUGUCGUCACCAUUGUUCGCAAAGGUUGACACCUACAAGCAGCCUACACUCCGCGAGGAAUCUGGCUAUGCUUCAGCCGAAUCCAGUCAGGAGAGCCUACCUGAGAUCUACUUCACGAAGCCUCAUUUGAAGUUUAUCAACGCGCAGCUCCAGAAGCUUGAGCCUCAAGUAGACAUCCUCCGAUGGUGCAUCACAUCUCUGCCUGGACUAUUCCAGACCACAGCCUUUGGUCUUACUGGCCUGGUCACAGUAGACAUGCUCUCGAAGCUCGAUGGACCUUUGAAGCACAACAUCGACUUGAUCUUCCUCGACACUCUCUACCACUUUGACGAAACCUAUGCCCUUGUUGACCGGGUAAGGAGGCGAUACGGAACACCGGUACACGUCUACAAGCCUGCUGGCUGCGACAACGUCAACGACUUUACUGCCAAGCACGGUGACAAGCUGUGGGACACCAACGACGAACUUUACGACUACGUUGCCAAGGUGGAGCCUGCUGAGCGUGCCUACUCUGAACUUCAGGUCAAGGCUGUCUUGACUGGUCGCCGACGUAGCCAAGGUGGCAAGCGUGGAGAUCUGGACAUCAUCGAGGUCGACGAGGCCGGGCUCAUCAAGAUCAACCCUCUCGCCAACUGGAACUUUGCCCAGGUCAAGGAAUACGUCGACGCCAACGACGUCCCAUACAACGACCUUCUCAACCAGGGUUACAAGAGUGUCGGUGACUGGCACUCUACACAGCCAGUAGCUGCUGGAGAGGACGAGCGAGCAGGACGCUGGAAGGGCAAGAACAAGUCCGAGUGCGGCAUCCACAACCCCAAGUCGCGAUAUGCUCAGUUCCUCCAAGAGCAGGCGAUGAAGCAGCAAAACGAGGACCUAGCCAACAAGCUGCAACAAGUCUCUUUAAACGUUUAG